AUGUCCCAGUUAUGUGCUAUUCCAACAUGUAAGUACAAAUCAUCUGCUUUAUGUCGUUGUUGUAAUAAAAAUGUCUGUAUUGAUCAUAUGAAAGAGCAUAAUGAUUUAAGAAAAUCUGAAUUAAAUUCUUUAAAUGAUGAAACCAUUAUACUCAAUGAUCAAUUUAAGACAUUUGACAUAGACAAAUUGAUUAAAGAUAGUCGUGAAAUACUCGAGAAAUGGAAAGAUGAUUGUCAUAAAAUUAUCAAUUGUUAUUAUGAACAAAAAUGUCAAGAACUUGAACGAUUUUUCAAUAAAAAAAUUGAUCACUACCGAAAAGAAAUUAAUCAAACACAAACAACAAUUAUUGAUUCAAUUCAUAAGGAAAAAUUUACUCAAAAAAAUCUUGAAUCUUUAAAAUCAACAAUUUACGAUAUUAAACAAGAAAUAAACAAAAUCAAAGAAAAAGGCCUACAAAUCGAUAUUCGUCCUUUUACAUUAGAUAAUCAUGCGAUUUCUAUAAAAGAUUCUAAACCAAAUGCAUUUAAUAUAAAUUCAUUAAUUCUAUCAUCUCCAUAUCAUACAAUUGAAUUUCAACUUGCAUUUUUCAAUACCAUUUAA